AUGGCUGACCGCAGGCCGUCGACGGAGCCGGAGAAACUACAGGUGCAGCAGCAGCAGCAGCUCAACUGCACGACGGCGAGGGAAAUUUCCGUCGUUGGAUCCAAUGCCAAGUGCGCAUCGUUGAGAGAGCAGCAAACGGAGGCCCGUCGCCAAGAGACCGGAUUCAACAUUGAAAAAUACUCUGUACGUACGGCAGACAACCGCUAUCGGAGCAGCAUCACUGGCACUGGCAUCGGCAUCGAGCUCUCCAAGCUUUCCUCCGCCCCAGACAGCCCCAGCCAGCAUGUCGAUGAAAACCUUCCCCUGAGCCCUCCGUAUGCAGCAGGCUUACCAGCCUUGAUCAACGCUGAGCGCCUACUUCAUGUCCAAUAA